AGUUGUGUGAGCAGGUAUUUCUUUGGUAAGCUUCGGUGUGUCCGGUCAUGUUGUUCGAUAGCUGAAAUGAUAUUGAUGUACAUUUGCGUGUGAAAUUCGGUUCGGUUUAAUAAAGUGCAGUGAAACCGGUGAAACUACUAUGUACCCGUCGAACAACACGGACGAUAAAUUCGGUAAAAGUUGAAGCAUCGCGCUUGAAAUAGGCGUUGGUUGUACAAGGUACAAGAAAAACGACGCCAUCUUUAACAGGUCCAACACAACACACAAAAAAAUCGUUCAAGUAAGAGUAUGCGUUAAAUUAUGAAGUGAAAGAGAAAACGGUUGGGUACUUUGACAUAUCUACCGAACGAGUAACCGAGAAGGCAAGAGCUGCACAAGAAAAAAGUGAUGUUCUGAAGGCGUUCGAAGAACUGUGACGAUAUUAGUAAAUACGGAUUGAAGAUACAAGGUGCACUGUUGAAAAGAUCUGUUCCCCUGGUCUGAGUUGUUUGGAAGUGGAAAAUAAUUAGUGUAUGAAGAAUUGAGAAUAUAAUUACACUGCAAUUGUUAUAUUCAGAACGACGAUUCGUAAACGGCAAAGUGUAUAUUGGCCGUAGUGAAUGUAAAUUCGAGUGUAUUUUAUCAUUUUAACCUGGCACUUUUGCACAACUGUGUUGGUGGCUACGAAUGCUCCAACGUUAAGGAUACGGUAACAAUCUUGUACGUAAGGAACGGAGAACAUUUGACGGUGUCUACGAAGUUUUCGGAUACUAAUUCAAGUGACACGGAUACUGUGGUGCUAAGAGUCUGUCACGAUUAUCAUCCCAAUGGAAGAUCCAAACCGAAUGAUGGGAGGCCACGGUGGCUUAAUGCCACCGAAUUAUGGUAUGCCGACGAACGAUGGUCAAACAGUGGACAAUGAUCCUCGCAAACAAGAUAUCGGCGAAAUUUUACAGCAAAUCAUGAACAUCACCGACCAAUCGCUGGACGAAGCACAGGCCCGCAAGCACACACUGAACUGCCACAGGAUGAAACCGGUUUUAUUUGCUGUGUUGUGUGAAAUCAAAGAAAAAACAGUUCUAUCACUGCGAAACACCCAGGAAGAAGAACCUCCAGAUCCGCAAUUGAUGCGUUUGGACAACAUGCUGAUCGCCGAGGGAGUCGCGGGACCGGAGAAGGGUGGUGGUGCAGGUGCGGAUAGUGCCGCGGCAGCAAUGGCCGCUGCCAACGAUUUUCUGUCGCAAUCCGAUCUAACCGGUGGUCAAGAUAAUGCUAUCGAACACUCUGACUAUCGGGCAAAGUUGGCACAGAUUCGUCAGAUUUACCACCAGGAGCUGGAAAAAUAUGAACAAGCCUGCAGCGAAUUUACCACGCACGUCAUGAACUUACUAAGAGAGCAAAGUCGUACAAGGCCUAUUACUCCAAAAGAAAUUGAACGAAUGGUGCAAAUCAUCCAUCGUAAAUUCAGCUCCAUCCAGAUGCAGCUCAAGCAAUCAACCUGUGAAGCCGUAAUGAUCCUGCGUUCCCGAUUCCUGGAUGCUCGAAGAAAAAGACGUAAUUUCAGUAAGCAGGCUUCUGAAAUUCUUAACGAGUAUUUUUAUAGCCACCUUAGUAAUCCUUACCCAUCAGAAGAAGCGAAGGAAGAACUAGCGAGGAAAUGUGGUAUCACGGUUUCCCAAGUGUCGAACUGGUUCGGUAAUAAACGUAUUCGCUACAAAAAGAACAUCGGCAAAGCGCAGGAAGAAGCGAACCUGUACGCUGCUAAGAAGGCAGCCGGUGCGUCACCGUACUCAAUGGGCGGGCCACCGAGUGGUGCCGCCACACCAAUGAUGUCUCCUGCCCCGGCCCAAGAUUCAAUGGGAUAUUCGCUCGGGUCUGGUGGUUACGAUCAGCAGCAGCCAUACGACGGCAGUAUGGGAUAUGAUCAGUUACAUCAGGAUCUCAGUCCUUGAAUUGCAGCUAGAAUAACGCUAGAUGAAAGGGUUCCAUAAUUCCGAACGCCAACGCCAACGUUUUGCGGUAUUAAUAAGGACAGCAAAUUUUUCUGUUUAAAAUUUCAUACAAUGUUGUUUUGCAAACAGUUUCACUAUAAAUAUAAUGCAACUACAACUUGACAGCCACCGAGUCACAGAACAAAUGUGCACAUACUUUACGCAAACUAGCAGAUGUUGUGCUAAUGUGCUAAUAAUGUGGGAAAGUGUUGAACUCUAAUUUUUACUUCUAACAAUCAAAUACAUCACACUUCAAAAUAGUACGAAGUAUACGGAUAGGAUUGCAUUCAAUAGACUUUUAAUAGUAAAAUAAAGUGAGUAGUUGUGCAGAGCAUUUUUGGUUUGUCGAAAACUGCUAUAACUAUUCUACAUCUGAAUGAAGCGUGCGAAUGUAUGAAAAGGAACCGGAUACAUUUUGCAAAUCUCCUUGCAAUAGUGUUAGAUAAUACGAACUAGGUAAAGCAACGUUGCAGGAAGGUACGGAAGUAACGGGGCCAGUGUGUGUGUAUUGGUCAUUGCAAGGUUCACAAUCUCAAAGCAGAAAAUUAUUGUCGUGCGUCUACAGUUUUACUUUUUUGUUAUGUAUAAAUCGAGUUCGCGAAAAUCGAAAUAAUUUCACUACAUCACUUUCUGAAAACCCAAUGCAAAUGGAUACGUGUACCAAUUGUUAGAUCUAUUUUAGCUAUUGUUUUGACUGUUCUCAGAUUACUUUCGCUUUUAUUACGGAAUUGUUCUCAUGAUGCGAUUACACAUUACAGCAGUUGUUUCAUUUUUAUGUGUUUUGCAUAUUCGUCGACUGCAUUAAGUUAUGUGCAUAAGUCAUGCAAAAUUAUUGCUUAUAAACCUUCCAUUAAGUAUUUGGUUUUCAUAUCUACUGUUUCAUUACAACUUGUCAGCCGCUAUUUAGUCCACAACAGUAGACUAAUGUAAGAAGAGGAACAUUCGUUCAGCAUCUGAUCGGUAUGUCUGUCAUUUUCAUUUUUAUUGAAUCUCAUAAAUUAAGCACUUUUUUAUCGUUUAUAUCAUAUCCUUUGUGUAAAAUGGUGGUAAAAAUUGUGUGGUAAAAAUAGCUUUUUUUCAAUUAGCAAUAUCCAUUUGCUAAAGGUUAAACGAUUUUUUUUUACGAAAAAAGCUUUGCGGGUGAACAGUGAAUGAAAAAUAUGAGAGUGAGUUUAUGAAACAAAGAGUUACAUUUUUCAGGUACAAUUCAAACACAUUGAAUAUAAACAAACACUCAAAAAACAAAAAAUCGUGGGUAAAGCUGAAAAACAAAACUACUGUGUAUACCAUUAGUUAAUAGGAUUACAUAAGAUCAAUGAUAGCAAACAGCAGUAAACAAUGGAAGCAACAUGGAAUAACAAAAGAAGGAAAAAGGAAAACAUAAUGCUUUGAUCAAGUACGUACGAAAGAUGAAUAUCUUAUGAACCUGACACUAACAUACAUCAACACAAUAAUGUGACCACAUCGAAGUUGGAAUGUAAAAGAUGAGAAAAAUGUAUCUCAUAUAAUAAACAAAAAAAAAUCACGAAACGAAACUAACAUGAAAUGGUAGCGCACACGCGGAAUUCGGCCAAACUGUGGAAAAGUUAUACAUUUAAAGGUAUAUAUAUACAUAUAUAUAUAUAUUUAUUAGUAUUUCAUUUUAGGGAAUAUUCGACGAUUUGAACGAUUAAGGUCAUCAUGCAUGUGCAUUAUUUUAGCAGAAAUUUGCUUAUUUCAUAUAAGAAGUUGAAACGAAACAUGAACGACGUCGUCGUAAGUAGAGCGUUAAAGGAGUGACGAAACAGACAGCAGAGAGGAAUGUGUGUAUACAAGCUGUAGUAGUGGGAGAAGUUUGAUCUCCUGAUCAUUAACUGUGACUACCACUGAUUACAUCGGCAAGUACGCUAACACUUCAGCGCGGGUUGUCAGCACCGGUUGCAAUGUUUGCGGUGCAAAAACAUUCAAAUUAUAUACGUAAUUAAAAUGUAAUAAAUAGUAAGAAUCUUUCCCACUCCCCCCAAAUUUACACCGCAUCUAGUUAUGUGGCCAAUAUCUGCUACAGCGGGGGAACAGGAUCGUUGAGGAUAAUUUUUACUAAAAGAAGACGACCGGAAGCCUAUCAAGUGCAGGCAUUUAAUAACAGGUAUCAUUUCAUUUUCGUUUCUAUUUUUCAUUUCUUUCGUCAUGGCAAUAUGUGUUGCAUUUUUUUUUCUUUGCUCUGUGAGAUAGAAAGCUUAUGGCACGAACUAAAGUUCGCUAAUGUUUGUCGUAAUAAACAUUCUGGAACGCGCGAGAGUGUUGUUUAGUUUUGUUUGUUUGUUUGCUUUCCAUAUCUGUAGUAGGUUUUGUUUGCUUUCUGUUGUAGGUACAAAGCAUGUUUGCUUGUUAAUGUGGUACCAUGUUUCUUAUAUCUUUCACUAUUACUGCAUGAAUAUGAAAAGUCUGACCAGUAUUUUGAAAAGAAAUAGACAUUUGUUUUGCGGUUUGUUUUAUUUUAUUCUUUUACUCUACUGUACGCUUUUGCUGGACAGUGAGAAUACGAACAACACACAUUCAAUUUAAUUGAAAAUCAUAUUUCUACGAAGAAAAUUCAUACGUAUUAAUCUAAUACAUGCAAUAUUAGCAGAGUAUGAAAUUUAAAAAAUGAGUUAUGUAUAAAUUGGGUUACAUUAUGUUUUGCAUUUCUCUCACUGUCUAUUGUGUGAAUCAGUUAGAGUAGUUAGUGGAAAGGGAGAGUUUUUAAUUAUUAGACAUCAGUUAUAACCAUAGCUGGAUGCACAAUGCCUCUGGUUAAAAAACUCACACAAAAUAACAAACAAAAAAAAAACGUCUGAAACGUCAACGACAAUAUACGUAUGGAAUGUGUAUCUAAAUGCAAAUCUUCUAGAAAUACUCAGUGAAAAUGAAAUAUGGCAGCACGUAAGGUAACGAUACUUAAAAUGCAAGUGGGAAAGUGUGUUGGGUCGCCGCUUAUGCAGAAAUGCAAACAAAGAGAAGCAAACAAAUCAUUUGUAUACGAAUUAUUAAGGAAGUAAUUUAAAAGAACUAUUCACUACAUUACAAAUUAUACCAACACCUUUGUGAAUAGUGAAAGUUUCUCUGUGCAGUAGUAGAAGAAAAACAGAGAAAGGGUUAAAAAAACACAUAAUGGAGAAGCUUACGGAACAAAUGCAUUAUAUAGAACAUAUUCAAAUUUAUUUUCUAUGACGAUGAUAAUGAACGCUCGUUCAGAGGACACACGGAUGGGAAGCUGUACGUUCUCCACUGAGAACAUACUGUUGAAUGACACAAUAAUUGUAAUGUUUGUUGGAAUGUCUCAACACCAUAGCAAAUUAUAAAACAUGUACAAAAGAGCAAACAAAACAGCCAAGCACAAAAAGGUUUAUCGUAUAUUUUCUAGACAUUUGUUCUCAAUGCCUUGUUUUCUGUGCUUCCCUCGUAAAGCAAUCGCCGGUGCACAAAUUGUUUCAACAAGAUCAUUUAACUUUUUUAGUUUGGAAGAAUUUGCAAUGCUAAAACAAAUUCACCUUCUUGCAACAAAACAGUGCUUAGAACAAAACAAACUACAUUAGAUACAGAAGACAGAAAGUGAAACAAACCUAUUAAGCGUGGAUGAAUAUGGAUUUAUCUAUGGAAAACUAAGACUCCCUCAGGUAUACGAAAAAGCCCGGCAUUCUCGCACAGUGGCGGCGGGCAGUAAGAUGUGAACACUGUAAAUUCACGUUGCAUCAGCUUUAAAUACAUUUUACAGUUGAUUGAAUAGAUUGGCAUUGCCGUGACAUCAUCACUUUUGGUGGCAUUGUUUUUCUUCGCCAUUAUUAUGAAAAUUAUUGCUUUUUCACGCUGGUAUCUAACGAAGUACUUUGUAGAAUUCUUACUUUUCGUUCACUAUAACAAAACGGCGUUAUUUUCUAAAAUAGCUCGCAAUGUAGAUCAAUGUUCACUUUCUUCAAUAACAGGAAAUUGUGUUUUGUGCUGUUUCUUAUAAGAAAAGAUGAAAAGUUUUUCGAAAUGGUUUAGAAAUAAUAGCAAAAAAAUAUGCUGGGUGAAAUCAUUUGAAAACUGAAACGCAGCACUGACAGCAUAGUUUGUACUUUUGUUUUUAUUUUUGUUUCUUCAACUUAUUUGUAACAAAACAUAAAACAUUGAUUGCAAUUAUUGUAGUGCUCAUAUGCAAAACAAUGUCCCCAUGAAUGUGUGUAUGUGUGUGCGUCCGCAAAGGGCCAUGAAGGUGCGAUACAGUUGUGGACAAUGUGUGUGUGAGAGAGAAAAAGGAUUUCUCCUCACCUUCCCUAUUAAUAGACCUUUAAAGAAUUAUUAAGCAAACAAAUAAAACCUACGAACGCGAAGCAGCACGUAAGAAAAAGAGCACACAACUAAAAAAACGAACAGUGGGAGUAAGAAACGAAAGCAUGUAUACGAAAACGAUUUAAAAAUCUAUCUAUUAAAUUAAAAAUUUUAUGUGUACUUAAUUAUAAUGCUACAUAAUAAUAAAACAAAACACAAACAGAAAGAUAUACUAGAAAUUAA